UCUCAAUGUGUUUUAAGUGAGUCCCGUGGUAGUUUGUGUGAAUCGUCCCGUGGUAGAAAAAGAAAAAUUAAAAUAAAUAGUUUGAAAAUUUAAAAGUUUAGCCCAAUGGAGGUAGCAGACUUCUAUGCAGGUAAGAAUGUGUUCAUCACUGGAGCGACGGGUUUCAUCGGCAAGGUGCUGGUGGAGAAGUUGCUGCGGAGCACCAGGGUGGAACGGGUCUACAUCAUGAUGCGCCCGAAGAAGGGGCAGGGCCUGAAGAUGAGGUGGAAUCAGUUUAUUGGGUCACGGGUAUUUGACAACAUACGUCACGACCCUCACAUCUUCGACAAGCUCCACGCGAUCCGGGGCGACAUCCUCAGCGAGGGUUUGGGGAUGUCGGCCGAGGAUCGACGGGUGCUAGAGGAUUGUCAUGUUGUGUUCCAUUGCGCUGCUUGUGUCAAAUUCAACAUGUUUAUCCGAGACGCGGUCAAUAUGAACGUAGUUGGGACACAGAGAGUUCUACAGUUGGCUGAAAAUAUGAACAAUUUAAUGGCCUUCAUCCACCUCUCAACAACGUACUGUCGUUCGGACGUAUCAAUUUUGGAUGAGCAGUUGUAUCCAUCCAAACAUUCACCGCGUGACGUCAUACAUACAGUGACGUGGAUGGAAUAUGAUCUGUUGAAACAUUUGGAAGAGAAACUAAUCCACCCUCAACCAAAUACAUACGGAUAUACUAAAUCGUUAGCAGAACAAUUAGUUUCGGAAUAUGAAGGGAAAUUCCCGAUCGCUAUAGCGAGACCUUCUAUUGUGACAGCAUCUGUGAAGGAACCGUUCCCGGGCUGGGUGGACAACCUCAACGGACCCACCGGAGUUAUUGUUGCCGCUGCUAAGGGAGUGCUCCGCUCCAUGUUGUGUGCCGACACACAGCACGUGGACGCCAUGCCGGUGGAUCUCGUUGUUAAUGGUGUUAUAUUACUGGCCUGUAACACUGCAAUACAGAGGUUUGUGUUACACAUACAUUGUAAACAGGCGCCAAAAGACAUAGUGGUGUAUAAUUUGGCUCGAUCUAACGAGAAUCCCAUCACUUGGCGGGAAUCUAUUGAACUCGCCCGCUCGCAAGUGAGCUGGUAUCCGUUCUCAGUCCCGCUGUGGUACCCGGGCGGUUCCACCAAAACGUCACAAACUCACCACGCUAUCGCCGUCCUGCUCACACACACUGUACCCGCCUAUCUCGUUGAUUGCUGUCUCGUUCUAAUGGGCAAUAAGCCCUUUUUAGUAAACGUCCACAAAAGAAUAAACGAAGGUAUGAAAGUGCUACAAUAUUAUUCCACAAAAUCGUGGAAUUUCAACAACCAGAGGUUUAUGUGUUUGAAGAAUAAUAUAUCUAAAGAGGAAGAUAAUGUAUUCUAUACGGACCCUAAGGAGAUGCAUUGGCCGAGUUACAUCCGUAAUUAUCUGAAAGGCGCCAGAGAGUUCUGUUGCGGCGAACUGCCCGAGACUUUGCCUCAAGCGCGGAUAUUACAUAAUAGACUCUACUAUUUGGACUUAUUCGUGAAAAUGGUGUUAAUGUUCUCUCUAGCUUACUUCGUGUGUGUUUUUAGUAUAAAAGUGUACAAUACAUUGUAAUUUAGUUUUUAUUGUAAAUAAAUGAUUUUUAUUAAGAA